AUGGGCUCUUUUACCCCAAGUUCAUUUUUUGAGCACCUCAGUCCCGUCCCUCUAGAUGCUGUCUACUCACUUAAGGAGGGAUUUUCGGCAGUUAACAGUGAAAGCAAGCUCAUUCUUGGCUCUGGGGUCUACCGAGAUGAGGAAUUACAGCCGUGGGUCUUGCCAUCGGUGAAAAAGGCCGACGAGAUAGUGGCGCGAUCUCAAGGGUCUGACCGCUUCGAGUAUCUACCUAUUCGCGGCUAUUCGCCUUUUUACACUGCCGCACGUGAUCUUCUCUUUGGAAGUUUGGGCCUCAAGGAAAAUCGAACUGUGUCGGUACAUACCGUGGCCGGUACAGGCGCCAACAGCCUCGGAGCACGCUUUCUCAAAGAGACCAUCAGCCCAUCGGCUGUUUGGGUGCCUGAUCCGACCUGGGUCAAUCAUCAUAACAUCUGGAGCCUUGCAGGAGUUGAGGUCAAGACACUCUCGAGAAUGAGGCUGAACCCUGAACGAGGCGACGUUAUCGUCUUGCACGCCUGCGCCCACAACCCGACCGGUGUUGACCCUACCAAGGAGCAGUGGAGGAUGAUUGCGAGCUUGUGCGAGUCCAAAGGGCUUUUUCCAUUCUUCGAUUGUGCCUACCUCGGAUUUGCUAGUGAUGACCCUGAUGCCGAAGCUUGGGCGAUAAGAUAUUUUGCGUCUAGAGACACUUUGGAGUUCGCCAUUGUUCAAUCAUUCUCUAAGAAUAUGGGCCUAUAUGGCGAGCGAGUCGGUGCUCUACAUUUUCUUGCUGCAACGGCCGACGUCGCCUUGACAAUUAAAGGCCAUCUCAGUCGCUUGCAGCGCGGCAACAUUUCCCAGCCACCGACUCGAGGCGCCAUGAUUGCCACAACCAUUCUCAAAUCCCCCGACCUAUAUCGUGAGUGGUUGUUGGACUUGAAGAAGGUGAGUACUCGAAUUCGGAACAUGCGCAAGUUGAUGUACGACGAAUUGAUACGUCUAAAGACUCCUGGUAGCUGGGAACAUCUUCGAACUCAGAUUGGCAUGUUUUCAUAUACCGGUCUCACCGCGGACCAAGUGGCGACGAUCCGCACCGACAGUCAUAUCUAUUUACUGGAGUCUGGACGCAUCAACGUAGUCGGAUUGAACAUCAAGAAUGCUGCAUAUAUGGCACGAGCAAUGGACGCCGCCGUGAGAAAAUCAGCGUGA